AUGGAGAAGGGGAGCCCAGACAGGCAAGACUUCAUGUCCAAGCUCUUCCGUCUGCACCACGAAAAUCCUGGAAAGUUCCCAGAAAGCGCCGUCUUCACGACAUGUAUGACCAACAUCGGAGCUGGCUCUGAUACAACUUCGAUAUCACUAUGCGCUGUUAUCUAUGACCUUGCGUCCCAUCCCAAAGUGCUUCAGAGGCUUCGCGAAGAUAUCGACGCCAAGUUUGCAGAGCUAGACAACCCUGAGUUCAUCCCUUUCAAAGAUGCUCAAGCUAUGAGCUUUCUCCAGGCUUGUAUCAAAGAAUCACUCAGACUGCAUCCAGCAACAGGCCUUCCGCUAGCCCGUGUUGUCCCCAAAGGUGGUGUGAAUCUACUCGGGAGAGACUUCAACGAGGGUUGUGUUGUAGGCGUCAAUACCUGGGUCUUGCACCGAAACAAGGAUGUUUUCGGUGCUGAUGCCGAUGAAUACCGCCCUGAUAGGUGGUCUAGUCAGGACAAAGAACACAUUUCUCUCAUGGAGUCGAAUUGGAUACCGUUUGGAGUAGGCUCUCGUACUUGCAUUGGGAAAAACAUUAGCUUGCUCGAAAUCAACAAGCUUGUGCCCACCUUGGUCAAGACCUUUGACUUCACGCCUGUGGAACCGGAAAGAAUCCGGCAUGAGAACUACUGGUUGGUUAAACAGGUCGAUAUGUUAUGCAAAGUUUCGCCGAGAAGUACCUAG